GCUGGAGACUUUAAACACACUCAUAUUUCACACACGAACACACUCAGCUUCAGUUUCCCAGCAGCUCGCUCAGGUGAACUCAGAUCACAGAGGAGCAGAAUGAACCUCUCAGACGCUCUCGGCGAUUGGCCCAGCGGUGGCAACAACCAAUCAGGAGGGGGCGGUCCUUGGCCUGGACAACCUGCCAAUCCCACAUGGCCAAAUCAGCCCUCCGCCAAUCCGACGUGGCCUGGAGGUCCGGCUGGAGGAGGAGGAGGAGCAUGGCCUGGAGGCCCAGCCGGAGGUCCAGCUGGAGGAGGAGGAGCAUGGCCUGGAGGUCCAGCCGGAGGUCAAGCUGGAGGAGGAGGAGCAUGGCCUGGAGGUCCAGCUGGAGGUCCAGCUGGAGGAGGAGGGGCGUGGCCUGGAGGUCCAGCCACAGGUCCAGCAGGAGGAGGAGGAGCAUGGCCCUCAGGGGGCCCCAACCAGCCCGCCUGGCCCUCCCCGACCCCCCAACCCUCUGCACCUGGACCUGGUCCUGCUGUCCCUGUUGCCCCCCAACAGAACCUGUCGGUGCCGUACAGCCAGAAUCUGCCCAGUGGAGUUUACGACAAACUGCUGAUCACCAUCGCUGGAGUCAUCAAACCCAACGCUGAUAAAAUCACAGUGGAUCUGUCUACAUCACAUGAUCUGGCCUUCCACUUCAACCCUCGCUUCAACGAGAGCGGCAGGAAGGUGAUCGUCAGGAACAGCUGCAUCGGCAAAAAAUGGGGCAAAGAAGAGCGAGAGCUGCAGAACUUCCCCUUCGUCCAGGGACAGCCCUUUGAGAUUAAGAUCAUGUGCACCAACAGAGAGUUCAAGGUGGCCGUCAACAACUCUCACCUGCUGGAGUACAAACACCGGAUCACCGACCUGAGAUCCAUCAACAAACUCAACAUCUACUACGAUCUCAACCUGUCCAGGGUCAACAUGGAGACUCUGCCCUGAGAGGAAACACUGGAUCCACCACAGAUCUACUGGGGAUCUACUGUAAAUCUACAGGAGAUCCACCACAGAUUUACUGGGGAUCUACUGAAGAUCUACAGGAGAUCCACCACAGAUUUACUGGGGAUAAUCAGAGAUCUAUUGGGGAUCCAAUAGAGAUCGACCAAAUCUACUGGAGACCCACCAAAGAUCUACUGGGGAUCCAUUGGAGACCCACCAGAGAUCUAGGAGUGAUCCACUGUACAUCUUCAGAAGAUAAAACAGAUCCAUCCGAGAUCUACAUUAGAUGAUUUGUAUAUCUACAGAAGAUCCAUCACUGAUCUACUGGAGAUCCACCAGAGAUCAAGUGGAGAUCUUCUGUAUAUCCACAGGAAAUUCACCAGAGAUCUACUGUAAAUCAUUAUCAGUAGAUCUACAGGACAUAUCACCCUAGAUAUACUGGGAUCGCUAGUGAAUCUUUGGUAGAAAAUCCCUCGAAGAUUAUCAUAGAUCUAAAAUAGAUCUACAAAACAUUGUUGGUGGGUUCACAAUAGAUUUUCCCUAGAUCUACUGGUGAUCACUGUAGAUCUAUAGGUGAUCAUUGUAGUUGGAACAGAUCCACAGAAGAUUCUUGUUAGAUAAUAUAAUUUUCCUUUGACACAUGAAACAUUAACAGUAGAUCCUCAGUAGAUCCUCUUAUACUGGUUUCCAUCUGCAUUUUGUAAUCCUGUGACUCGUAUAAAUAAAGAGAUCAUCUUUAA